AUGGCAAGAUUGAUAACUGUUGCUAUAUUAGUUCAGCCUGAAGAGAAAAUGUAUUCCUGGACAGAAAUUCAGUGCAGUGCUCCUGCAGUCAGUGGCUCACCAGGCAGAGAUGGUCCUAAAGGUGCCAAGAGAGAACCAGGAGAAGGAUUGAGAGGCCUGGAGAGUUUCCCUGGAAAAGUGGGACCUCCAGGAAUAAAAGGAGCUUUAGGACUACAAGGAAAGAAAGGAGAAUAUGGAAUUACAGUAACUGACAACUUGUGGAGACAAGUAACCCCUUUGGAAACAAAACUACAGGUUUGGCAGGAUGAAUUAAAUAGAUACAAAAAAGCUUUGAUUUUAAAGAACAUCAAGAAUAUUGCUAAAAAUCAUACUUGUCUCAACUGGAUAUCUCUUUGUACAAAAGCUGUAAGUGCACUUGCCUGUCUCAGGAAUGAAGCUAAAAACAGAUGUAAAGAGUCCAUAACACCUUGAAAACAGGCUUGUAUGGGGAUAUCUGAUGAACAGAUUGAAGGCAGGUUCAUGAAUCUGAACGGAAGAACUGUAACUUCCUGGAGCUGGAAUGACAGAGAACUAAGUAAUCUACAAAAUGAAGAAUGUGUGGUAAUAAAAGACUUUGGAAAAUGGAUUGACAUUAAUUAUUCAAAUUCACGUCUACCUGGUUCUCUGGACACUGGAUGCCACAAUCUUUUAGUAAAUUUGGAACACCGACUUUUCCAACUUGAAGCCGCACUUGCUUUGAAUGGGAAAAUAAGAGAAGUGGGAGAGAAAGUGUUUGCUACCAAUGGAAAGAAAGCUGAUUUUGCAUCUGCACUACGAUCCUGUGAAGAGGCUGGAGGAACUCUUGCAACUCCCAUGAAUGAGGAGGAGAAUAAAGCUAUUAUGGACAUUGUGAAACAGUAUAAGCAAUAUGCUUACUUGGGCAUUAAAGAGUGGGAGACUUCAGGCCAGUUUACAUAUAUAACUGGCAUGCCUCUGAGUUAUACCAAAUGGCACCAAUAUGAGCCUAAUGGCAAAGGGAAAGAAAAAUGUGUAGAGAUGUACAAGGAUGGGAGCUGGAAUGACAAAAAGUGCAACCUGUAUCGUCUCACAGUCUGUGAAUUUUAAAGAAUAGACUUUCAGCCACUUCAGAGUGUGGAGACAAUGAAAUAUGCUGUAUCUUAGGUUUAUAAAAUUUCUGCAAAUUUUCUGUAUCUUAAAAUCUAAAAUGAAUCAUAUUUAGGUAAUUUUUUAUCCUUAAGAAAAUGCUAAAUG